UUUGAUGACUUUUUUGGACUUGAGGACCUGACGUGUGACGUGAACGCCCCUCACCAACCCACCCCCCCCUUUCUCUUUCUGGGGGGGUCAUGUCGCGCGCGGCCGCCAUCGCCAGCUCGCUCAUCCGCCAGAAGCGGCAGGCGCGUGAACGCGAGAAGGCGACCACGUGCCGCGGUGGCGGGAGUCCGAGCAAGGGCGCCAACGAGCACGAGUCCAGCCCGCUGAGCGUCUUCUCGCGUGUCAAGUUGUUUGGCUCGAGGAAGAAGAGGAAGAGGAGGCGACCACCAGAGCCCCAGCUGAAGGGCAUUGUGACGCGGCUGUGCAGUCGUCAUGGCUACCAGCUGCUGAUGGAGCCUGAUGGAAGCGUCCAUGGCACCAAAGAAGAAGACAGCGCCUACGCCGUGUUCAACCUGAUCCCUGUGGGUCUUCGUGUGGUGGCCAUCCAGGGGGUCCAAAGUAAACUGUACCUGGCCAUGAACAGCGAGGGCUUCCUCUACACUUCUGAGCACUUCACCCCCGAGUGCAAGUUCAAGGAGUCGGUGUUUGAGAACUACUAUGUAACCUACUCGUCCAUGCUGUACCGCCAGCAGGCGUCCGGCCGGGCCUGGUACCUGGGCCUCAACAAGGAGGGCGCUAUCAUGAAGGGCAACCACGUGAAGAAGAACAAAGCUGCAGCACACUUCAUACCCAAACCUCUCAAAGUGGCCAUGUACAGAGAGCCGUCCCUCCACGACCUGACAGAGCUGUCACGCUCGGGCAGCGCAACGCCCACAAAAAGUCGCAGCGCUUCAGCUAUACUUAACGGCGGGAAGACGCCCAGCAGCAAUGACCUAUCCUAGCUCCCUGGAUUCAUCCUGCCCUCCACCAUGCACACACACACACACACACACACAGAUCUCAGGCUGACACACCCGCCCGUCAGGCCGGCAAAAGGAAGUGGGAGGAGUUUGAAGGAGCCACUGUGAUGUAAAUAGAGGAGAGACAAUCAAAGUUGACUCAGUUGAGAGUCGCACACUCUGACUGUUAGCACAACCAAAAAGUCUGCUUGGAAACCGCGCCAUGACGGCCAUGUUUACACUGAAGUUCCUUGUACACGUACGAGGUCAUGACCUUUGCUUGCAUGCAUGCGUGCGUGCAUGUUUGUCCUUUUGAAUAAGUUGUCUCAAAACACUUUAGCAGGUCUUGUUUCUUGUUCUUGUUGCAUGGGCGCUUGCUGACCUCUGCUUUCUGUAGCAGCAUGCUUUCUGCUCGCACACGCUCUUCCACCAGAGGGUGCUAGAGAACCAAUAGGGCCAAACCACAACACUAGUGAUUGGACCAAUAGGAAGCAGCGGAACAUGAAUGGACCAAUGGGAGCACACUUUGUUUGGACUGAAUAAACUUUCUAGACAAGU